AUGAAUAACAAUGCUGCAAGUAUUAGUUCCGUGUGUCAGAAGGCGCAGCCCGAACUGCGCAAGAUGAGUUCAUGCUCUGCGAAGGAUCGAAAAAGAUUGCUUUCUUCUAGGUAUGAAAACGGCGAUCCUGGGCUUCUCCAAAUCACUCGCGAAGGAGGGCAAGAAGCAAAAUAUCCACGUUAAUGUGAUCAUUCCCACCGCCCUCACCGCGAUGACCAAAACGGUCGGGCUGCAGCACUACACGUCCGGCGCGGACCCGGGGCACAUCGCACCCCUCGUGACCUACCUCCUCUGCUCCGCCUCCGACGGAAUCACCGGUCGCAUUUUUGAAGCGGGGCCGGGGUUCUACGCGGAGAUCAAAUUUCAAAGAAGUGGAGGGGUGUACUUUCCGGAAUUGGGGACGGAGCAGGUGCGGCAGAAGCCCGUGGACUGGAAGGAGAUCCAUCAGUAUUGGGACGAAAUCACGGAAUUCGGAGAGAAUUGUGACGACCCUGCGGGUGAGGAAAACGCGGUGCCGAGGAGUUUGAAACUUGUGUUGAAAAUGCCCGAAGUGGUGAAUGAUACUGGGACCAAGAGGCAGAAAUCUAAAUUAUGAAUAGCGGUGUUUCGUACACUGCUGCAGUAGAGGUGGAAAUGGAUUCAGUGAGUAAAAGUGAACUUUGGGUCCAUGAAGUCGGAUUUCUUUGAAAUCAUCUGAAGGUAAAAGUUGCCUCGUCGCGCAUCGAAAUUUUUGUUCUUGCCGGGCCCGCGAGAGUUGCUGUUGAGAAAUGGUUGAGCACACGUUCAUCUCUGAGACGAAUUCCACAAGAUCGAAGCAAUUUAAAGACCAAGACAGACACAAUUACAAGCGUCUCCAACAUAAAGCUCGCCUCGAUCUCGAUCAUGCUAAGCAAUGGGAAAGGAUCCGCUUGAUCAGAAUUUAGAUCCAGUUUGCGACGACAAAGAGCACGCCCUGAUGUAAGUAACAGUGAAAGAAGCAGAUCUAAAUCUCGUCACGAAAACGAUCAAGGUUCCGAUAAGUGACCGGAGAUCAAAGAAUACAGAAAAAUCUAGCGAUCCGUUCUGUUUCCGACUAAGAAGAACUUCCUUUCCUGUAAGGAGCCGCUGACUGCAAACAUGAAAAUUUCUCAUCCACAUCAACUCUUUUUCCAGGGAACCGUAAAGGGCUUAGUACGACUUAGGCACUUUUGGUUAGUCCAAACCAAAACGGCAAAAUGGGCUCCAUCAAGACCUUCAAGCUGAAGAUGCUUCUCGCGAAGAAGAUGAAGCAGAACCGCCCGCUUCCGCAGUGGUUCCGCCUGAAGCAGGACAAGAUCAAGUACUAUAACCUUUUGUUUUUUCCCAUCUUUUCCUUUUGCAUCACAAGUGACGUUUUUUAUGCGAAGUGUGACAACAGCAGUGUCUGGCAAUGAGGUGUGCUGAGUUUAUGCCGUAGACCGCCGAUGACAUCAAAUCCUAAAUUUCCAAACCUCUACCAGGUACAACGCCAAGCGCCGCCACUGGCGCCGCACCAAGCUGAAGCACUAAGUG